AUGUCAAAUGACGUUCACGUUUGACGUGACGUGUCGAUUUGUUUGAAGUUACACUUUUUCGAAACGCUUGCGAUUUCUAAAUCGGCUUACAUUAUCAGAAUAUUCGAUAAGCAUUUUAUCGCCGUAAUAUCCACGUAGCUUACAUUUAGAGGUGUGAAAGAUGUUGCGUUAUCUAGUUUUUGCUGCGUUCCUGCAGUGUUGUAUAUCGCAACAGUACCAGCAAAAGGUUGCGCCUGGGGUUCCCCCUCAGAACUAUCAGAAUUAUCAGCAACCCCCACCCCCACCACCACCUCAAGGACACCAGCAGCAGGUCCCUCAACAACAAUACCAGCAGCAGCAGUACCAGCCCCCGCCGCCGCAGCAACAACAAUAUCAGCAGCCGCCACCACCACAACAACAACAACAACAACAACAGUAUCAACAACAACCGCAGCAGGGGCAGAUCUUAGUGCAGCAUGAUCAUCAUGGUGAACCACAACUGCUGAACGCUGCCAAUAUUCAGCAUGAAAGAGAACACAUCCAGGAGCACAUGGACGUGCCCAUAGACACAUCCAAGAUGUCGGAGCAGGAGCUCCAGUUCCACUACUUCAAGAUGCACGACGCCGAUAACAAUAACAAGCUGGACGGCUGCGAACUUAUCAAGAGCCUUAUACAUUGGCAUGAACAGGGAAGCAAGCAACAACCCCAGCCCGGAUCACCUCCAGCCGGCGAAAAGAUCUUCGGGGACGAUGAGCUGGUUAAUUUAAUAGACCCUAUUUUAAACAUGGAUGACCAUAAUAGGGACGGGUAUAUAGAUUAUCCUGAGUUCAUUAGGGCGCAGCAGAAGAGUCAGAAUAAGGAAGGGCAGUAGUAGACAUUCCAUUGUUAGAUAGAGACGUUAGGGUGAAUUUCCUCGUUUGAGCAGACUUGAAUAGACUGUUAUUAAGUUUUAAUACCUCUUAGCGAGGUCCAAUGUAUACUCAGGGUUGCUUACUUUUACUUCUUAUACCUCUGCCACACACUCGACGAGCGGCGUGGGAAGUAGGCAGAGGCAUAGUGUGGCCGCGCUACUCAUCAUGCCCACCGCUCCCUAUUUUGCCGGUUUUUUGGCGUGAUUCAAAAGACUUGCAACAACCUAGUUAAUAGUACCCAUUAGAUAACAACAACUUACUUUGUACGAAGUCAAUUAACUUUAUAGGAAUUUUAUUCAACCCUGCGUGACAUUGCGCAGUAGAUACCGACCGCGUCGCUGCUACUGGAGAUUGACUAAUGAGUCGUCCUUAAAAACAGGGUGAUAGUCGAAGUCUUAGAUUCAUAGAAUGUGUCUAAUCUAAGUCUGCGGCUUGGUAUUCGAUAGUGUGGCAGUAUCACCAUAAGAACGCAUACUAAGAGUUAAAAUAGAGAAAAAAAAGUAUCAAAGGUCACAAAGGACAUGAAAUUAGGACCUCGCUAGGAUUAAAAAAAAUCUUAAAGGACUUCUGUCUUUGGUAGCUGAAAUUUGAGCUCAAAUGAGGAUAUAACUAAAUGAACAGGUCAGUUAUAUGUUUAAAUCACUAUUUAAUUUAAAAUGUCAAAAUAUACAUACUGUGUUAACAACUAUAAUGUAUUUUGAUAUUUCAUCUUUGUAUGAUAUGAAUUACAAUUUUACAAGUCUAAAAUGGUCAACUUCAUAAUUCGCUCAGUUCAAAUCAAUAAAUUAGUAAAAUUGUAACUUGUGGAUAAAGAAAUAUAACAUAUUUUUAAAUUAAAGGAAAAAUUCACACCUCCGGCAGGACUC